CAACGACCAUUCAAGCUAAACAGCCAAAGAACAUUAACAAAUGCCGUAAAAAUAACAAUAACAAUAAUAACAACAAGAAGAGCAAAAGGAAUGGAAAAUUCAGUUUAAAAAGUUUAGAAUAUUCGAGCCAACUGUUGAAAACUAUGGUAGCAAAUUAUUCCAAUACAAUGUGUAAUAUAAAAAAAACUAUAUUAAAAAUAGAAAGACUAAUGUGUACAACAACGGCGACAUCAACAGCAGCAGCCGCAGCAGCAGCAGCAGCCAGAAAGUGGCAUCUAAUGUUUUUAAUACUUUCUGCCCUUUUGAUUCAAACACCAUAUCAGGCAGCAGCUGAGAAAAGCAAGCAUUAUUACAUGCAAUCGUUGUGUAAAAAUCAUUUUCUUCAGCAGUUAUAUCGUAAAAUUGAUGGCGCUGUACUCUGGUCGCAGAAUGAACGCAAUCUUGAUUGCAUCAUCACCUUUCAGACGUAUUCAAUUUUACAAAGAUUCAUGCUACGCUUCGACAUGUUACAAUUGGACUGUAAUGAUCAUUUAUACGUAUAUGAUGGAGAGCAUGCCGUCGCAACACCUAAGAUCGAUAUAUCAUGUCGCCAAACUAAGCAAACAGUUAGUUCCAUGUUGACGCGCACUAAUUUUGUUACUUUAAAGUAUGUAACAGACAACUGGGGUACCGAUGCGAACGGUUUUAAGUUGGUGAUAACAUCAGUGAAGGAUCCUAGGCACACUUGCAAAGAUUUUACCUGCAGCACAAAUGGGUUUUGUAUACAUCCCGAUUUACUAUGCGAUGGCAUUAAUCAUUGCAGCGAUAAUUCAGAUGAGUCAGUUCAUAAUUUAUGCCAAAAUGAAACCACUAACACCGUGUUCGGUAUGGAUGUGACUUGGUUUGUAUUAAUUGUCGUCAGCUUAUUGCUAAUAUUAAGUGCAAUCAUUGUGGGAAUUUCGAUAUGUGUCUGCCGACGGCAAGAGGAUAAUACUACAAAUCAAAAUACAGCUAUACAAUUACAUCAUACCGCUGAAACGAACGGUUCAUCGAAACAUCUGCAUUACACGCAUGGCGGGACAUUGACUAGAGAUCAUACACAAUUACCGCCGACGUCGGGAAACUGGCAUCACCCUGCGGGACCAUACGGGUACCACCGCAUUCUACACAAUUACUUGAAGAUGGCCACCAAAGUCCGUCCCAUCUGGUGCUUAGCAAAUUCCGUCAAUUAGGACAACACCCGCAAGAUCUUACACAAAAUUCAACCACAAAUUUAGGUCUAAGCCAAACCAAUAUAGCAAACGCGGCAGCAGCUGCCCAAAAGGAUGAAUGGUUUGUUUAGAUCUCACACUUUUAUUGGAAGUGAUUGUGUAAGAAACGGAUGUAUUUGCUGGGCAUUGAAUGAAGAGACUGUUAAGAAAAUUUUUUUUC